GCGCGAAGCGAGCGAAGCGGGGCGCCGGAGGACCUCGUCGGCGCGCGGAGUUUGGAUAGCGAUUUAGGUUGGCGCGGCGUGAGCCUGAGUGAGAUCAUGGCUGCUAUUCCUCUGAACAAUCUACAGGAGCAACUGCAGCGCCACUCAGCCAGAAAACUUAAUAAUAAAUUGAAUCUUACAAAACCCAAAUCUUCAGGUUUUACUUUUAAAAAGAAAACAUCAGAGGGCGAUGUGUCUGUAACCAGUGUGUCAGUGGUAAAAACCCCCGCGCUAAGUGAUAAAGAUGUGAAUGUGUCUGAGGCCUUUUCAGUCACGGAGCCUCCGCUGCACACACCAAAGCAGCAGCCUGGGACUGGUGACUCCUUCAAAAACUCCCCGGGAGGACAGAAAACCAAGGAGCCCUGUCCUGAACCGCUACUGCUGGACUUGGCGCAGACUCCUCAGGAAGUCUCAGCAGUAAAAACCCCAGCUGUAAAGAAACCCCACAUUGCUGUUUUCAAGAAAUUAGAAUUUACUUCUUCACUAGAGUCCCUCAAUGACUGGGCUGAUAUGGAUGACUUUGAUAUUUCAGCAUCCGAUGCAUUUGUUUUUCGGACCAAAAAUCCUGCUGUAAGAGCAAGCACCGCUCAGAAAUCAAAAAAGACUAAGAGAAACUUUUUUAAACCACCAACUCAUAAAGCAAGAACAGUAAAGGCUUAUUUGACACCUUCUUCCCCGGAAAGCCCACAAGUGGAUUUAACCAAGGACCAGAAGGAUGAGUCAGAAUGCCUGAGCAGUGAUGUGAUUGUCAUCGACAAUGACCCUUGUUCUGAAGAGCUCGGGAAGAAAGAUACUCAGGAAAGUCAGUCUUUGGAAGCUCAUUUAGGAGCUGAAAAAGAUAAUAGUGAAAAGAAGAAUCACGUAGAUGAAGUUCAUUUACAGUCAAUUGAGAAACCUCUAUACUUUCAACUUGAUGAUGAUGACUAUGAUAUAGAUUUUGUUCCACCUUCUCCCGAAGAAGAAAUUAUUUCUACAGCUUCUUCCUCUUUGAAAUGUUCCAGUAUGCUAAAGGAUCUUGAUGACUCGGAUAAAGAGAAAGGCAUUCUUAGUACCUCAAAAGACCCUUUGUUGAAAUCAGAGAAAACAAAUACCCAGGAGCCUGAUCCAGGAGCCAGUACAGACUGUGACGACAAACAGAUGAGUGUACAGGAGCGACUUAUUUGUGUGAUGGAGCACAUCUGUAAACUAGUUGAUGCAGUUCCUACUGAUGAACUGAAAGCUUUGAGUUGUGGGGAUGAGCUGCUUCAACAACGGAACCUAAGAAGGAAGCUCUUGGCUGAAGCUGAUUUUAACGGAAAGGGUGUCAGUAUUCUGGGUUCACUGUGGAGAUGCAGGCCUGAAUCACCUGCACAGGGCGAUCCCUGCCCUGUGGGGCGUCCUAGUAAGGAGUGCAGUUCUCCGUCCUUUCCUUCACAUUCCCUUUCCACCAAGGAAUGUUUACCAACCACCACUCCAGGAAAGACAGGGUUCUCAGCCACCACGAAGGACCUCCUUGAAAGGCCGCUAUUGAAUCCCCAUUUACAGAAGUCCUUUGUAAGUAGCAACUGGGCUGAAACACUAAGGACAGAAGAAAGAAACGAAAGCUCUUAUUUCCCAGGAAAUGUUCUCACCAGCACCACUGUGAAAGAUCAGAACAAACAUGCUGCCUCGGGAAAUAGCUUAGAGAGAGACGUCCAGGCUUCCUUUGAUAUUGAUAACUUUAACAUUGAUGACUUUGAUGAUGAUGAUGAGGAGGACUGGGAAAACAUAAUGCACAGUGUUUCCGCCAGCAAGCCCUCCACAGCUGCCUACCCACCUAUCAAGGAAGGCAGGCCAGUUAAAUCUCUGUCAGAGAGGAUUUCCUCAGCCAAGACACAGUCUCUUCUAGUGGCAUCAACUGCUCAGAAGAGUUACACUGAUAAGAUGGAACAAAAUUUAACAUCAAAAAAUCUGAAACAUGAACAUUUCCAAAGUCUUAAUUUUCCUCAUACAAAAGAAAUGAUGAAGAUUUUUCAUAAGAAAUUUGGCUUACAUAAUUUUAGAACUAAUCAGCUAGAGGCGAUCAAUGCUGCACUGCUUGGUGAAGAUUGUUUUAUCCUAAUGCCCACUGGAGGUGGUAAGAGCUUGUGCUACCAGCUGCCUGCCUGUGUUUCUCCUGGAGUCACUAUUGUCAUUUCUCCCUUGAGAUCACUAAUAGUAGAUCAAGUCCAAAAGCUGACUUCCUUUGAUAUUCCUGCUACAUACCUGACAGGGGAUAAGACUGACUCAGAAGCUGCAAAUAUUUACCUCCAGUUAUCAAAAAAAGACCCAAUUAUCAAGCUCUUGUAUGUCACACCAGAGAAGGUCUGUGCAAGUAACAGGCUGAUUUCCACUCUGGAGAAUCUGUAUGAGCGGAAGCUCUUGGCACGUUUUGUCAUUGAUGAAGCACAUUGUGUGAGUCAGUGGGGUCAUGAUUUUCGUCAAGAUUACAAAAGGAUGAAUAUGCUUCGCCAGAAGUUUCCUUCUGUUCCAGUGAUGGCUCUCACGGCCACAGCGAACCCCAGGGUGCAGAAGGACAUCCUCAUGCAACUGAAGAUCCUCAGACCUCAGGUGUUCAGCAUGAGCUUUAACAGACACAAUCUGAAGUACUAUGUGUUACCAAAGAAGCCCAAAAAGGUAGCGUUUGAUUGCCUAGAAUGGAUCAGAAAGCAUCACCCAUAUGACUCGGGGAUAAUUUACUGCCUCUCCAGGAGGGAGUGCGACACAAUGGCGGACACCUUACAGAGAGAUGGUCUGGCUGCUCUGGCUUACCAUGCGGGCCUCAGUGAUUCUGCCAGGGACGAGGUGCAGAACAAGUGGAUCAACCAGGAUGGCUGCCAGGUUAUCUGUGCAACAAUUGCAUUUGGAAUGGGAAUUGACAAACCUGACGUGCGAUUUGUGAUUCAUGCAUCUCUCCCUAAAUCUGUGGAGGGUUACUACCAAGAGUCCGGGCGAGCUGGAAGAGAUGGGGAAAUAUCUCACUGCGUGCUUUUCUACACCUACCACGAUGUAACUAGACUGAAGAGACUUAUAAUGAUGGAAAAAGAUGGAAACUCUCAUACGAAGGAGACUCACUUCAAUAAUUUAUAUAGCAUGGUCCAUUACUGUGAAAAUAUAGCAGAAUGCAGAAGAAUACAGCUUUUGACUUACUUUGGUGAGAAAGGAUUUAACCCUGAUUUUUGUAAGAAAUACCCAGAUGUUUCUUGUGACAACUGCUGUAAAACAAAGGAUUAUAAAACAAAAGAUGUGACUGAUGAUGUGAAAAAUAUCGUAAGAUUUGUUCGAGAACACAGUUCAUCACCAGGAGCUAGAACUGUAGGUCCUUCUGGAAGAUUUACUCUGAACAUGCUGGUCGACAUUUUCUUGGGAAGUAAGAGUGCAAAGAUUCAGUCAGGAAUAUUUGGAAAGGGAUCUUCUUAUUCACGACACAAUGCUGAAAGACUUUUUAAAAAGCUGAUACUAGACAAAAUUUUGGAUGAAGACUUAUAUAUCAAUGCCAAUGACCAACCAGUUGCCUAUGUGAUGCUAGGAACUAGAGCCCAAGAUGUGCUAAAUGGCCACUUAAAGGUGGACUUCAUGGAAACAGAAAAUUCCAGCAGUAUAAAAAAACAAAAAGCUCUAGUGGCCAAAGUAUCCCAAAGAGAAGAGGUAGUUAAGAAAUGUCUUGGAGAACUUACAGAGGUCUGCAAAUUGCUGGGGAAAGUCUUUGGUGUUCAUUACUUCAAUAUUUUUAAUACAGCUACACUUAAGAAGCUUGCAGAAUCUUUAUCUUCUGAUCCUGAGGUUUUGCUUCAGAUUGAUGGUGUUACUGAAGACAAGCUGGAAAAAUAUGGUGCAGAAGUGAUUCCAGUAUUACAGAAAUACUCAGAAUGGACACUGCCAGCUGAGAACAGCUCCCCAGGCAUGAACCACACCAGGAGGAACACGCCAGAGGAGGCUGACGACGAGGAGCCUGUAUCUUCUCACUACUUUGCAAAUCAAACUAGAAAUGAAAGAAAGAGGAAGAAAAUGCCAGCCUUCCAAAGGCCCAAGAGGAGGAGAGCUAGUAACGGUGGCUUCAAAGCAAAGGGGGGCUUUACUACAAGCAGAAAAAUGUCUUCUAAAAGUAAAUUCUCUGGUGUAACUGGAUCCAGCUCGGCCUCGUGUGCUUCUCAAGCAACAUCAGCAGCAGCAAGUAGAUUGGGGAUCAUGGCUCCUCCGAAGCCUGUAAAUAGAACGUUCCUGAGGCCCGCGUAUGCAUUCUCCUAACAGCCUGUAAAUAGAACAUUCCUCAGGCCUGCGUAUGCUUCUCCUAACAGCCCCUCUCAGCACACAGGUCUUGUUUGUCGGCGUCUGACCAUCUGCGAGCAGAAAGCUGUUAGUCUUGUUACACCAUUUGAAGUUUUCACUUCUAUUAAUAUUUAAAUGUAUCUCGUGUGAUAGUUCUUAUUUUUAAAUAAACAUUUUCUUUGCUGCCACUGCAAGUGUGGCCAUUGUUUCCCAGAGCAUCUGAAGCAGUGGCUGAAUCAUCUAGAGAAAUUCUGAGUGCAACGUGACACACUGGAGCCAAAAGAAAAGGCAGCAUGGGACAUUGUGAAACUGUAGAACCUCUUGUGUGAAACAGCCUCAACAAAAAUCAAAUGAUAGAGAAAAUAGAAAAUAUAUUACAUAAUAAUUCCUAUAAUAUUCAAAGAGUAUAAAUCGUUAAGAGAAAGUCAGCACAGAAGACAACAGAACAAAGGCUGUGGAUAGACGAGUCUCCCCAGAAAAUUCAAAUGGCCCACAACUAUGUGAGAAAGACUCGCUCUCCCCAAUUAAAAGUACAAAUUAAAACAUGAGGUGCUGUUCUUUGUCUGUCAGAUUGUCAACAAUAGGGCUGGGUGUUGUGUCACACAGCCAAACGUCCCAGUGACGCCAGAGGCUGAGCUAAAGGAACACCUGAGCCCAGGAGUUCAGGACCAGCCUGGACACAGAUACAUUCCCUUAGGAAGGCUAGUGCACGUGCCUUUAAUUCCAGCACUCCAGGAGGCAGGGCAGGUGGAUCUCUUAGUUUGAGGCCGGCAGGAUCCAGGAUCCAGGACGGCUGGCGCUACACAGAAACCCUGUCUCAAAAAAGAAAGCAAAACAAGCAAACCUGACAGCAACAGCAAAAAUACCUACCUAGUCUGUCCUGGAUGGAAAUAGCCAAUAGACUCUGCUUACAAAAAAAAAAAAAUGUGUUAAAUAUUGAUGUGCUUGCUGGUUUGUCCUGUGUGCAGUGUCCAGCUCCUGGAAGGGAACUUCAAGCCUUCAGACCACUGUCCUGAGACCUCAGCACUGAGGUGGGCAUGUACCUAUGCUGAGGGACCACCUAGUUCUUACCCCCAGGAGCCUUUGGCUGUUUACUGGGGAGACUAGUCAAAUGAGUUAGCUCAGAGCUAUUUGCUUAAAAAGCCUCCAGAGCUGGCAAGCCGUGACUCCAGUUGGGUCGAAAAGAGGGAACAGAGAACCAAGUAACCAGGGUCACCAGGAGAGCUCUGGUCUAGACGAACCUAGCAUUCUGGAAGGAAGGGCUGCUGCCACCUUUGCUCUAGGCUAGCUGGGUUAAGAGUUCAGGGUCAUCCUCAGCUAUGCCAUGAAUUUGACCACAGCCUGGGCCACAUGAGACCCUAUUUCCAAAAUAAAAGGACAGGACAGUUCUCCCGACCUCCUGACUGGGGCCCAGAGCCUGGGGACUUUGAUUUGUCCAGAAUCUAAUAACCCCAAGUGGCAGAAACAGACUCUUCACUCAGCUCUAGGGAAGCAUUCUAAUUUGGAACUGUUGGAACUGACAUAGAAACCGCAGCUGCCUCCUUCCUCUAGCUUGGCCUCCAGUCUGAGCAAAUACCCCAAGGAAUGCACCAGUCUGUGUGGGCAACCCCCAGAGGAGGCAAGCAAAGGCAAGUGACAGUUGGGCUGAUGAGGACGCUCUGCACAGCCAUUGCCUAAGGGAAGGCGAGAGACAGACCAGGCCACCAGGAAUGUCUAACCUGGGGCCUUCCCCUAGGAACACUCAUCAAUCAGGAGGCUCGACGCCUCAGCUCUGGCCAGCAUCCAUGGAGACCCUUGGAUUCCAGAGAGCUGAGGCUGACUCCCCUGAUCACUUCCAGGGACAAAUGACCUUCUGGAACAGAGGAAAGGUCGAGAGCCAAGUCUACGCCAGCAGCCAGCCCUGAAAAGCAGCACAUCAUGGUAUCCUUUUUAUGUAGGAGCAGAUUUCAGAAAGGUUAUAUAACCUGCCUGAAGACACACAGCUAGGAAGUGGUAGUAAGUUGGGUAACCGGUCUCUUGCUUGCCCCGGAUUCCCAGUUUGCAUCUGUUUCCCUGGUGUAAUUAACACAGCCCCCUUUCGUUCUCAGAAGUGUUCCAGUUAGGACAGUCAAUUAUAUGUGAUCCAGGUCUAUGUGCUCAAGAAUCUCUGUUCUUUCUCUAAGCACUCCCAGCCUCCUCUUCCAGCCCCAUUUUUCCAAAGCCUCAGGGGCCACCUGCCCUGACCUGUUCUACUCCCUUGCAGUAGGCUCCAGGGAAAGCCAGUCUGCAGAGUCAGCCAGCACAGCUGAGCUGCAGCUUCUCCGCAAGAGGAGAUGAAGCCCCAGGACCCAGCUCUUCUUGAGAAACUGAUACACCUCCACCUCCUACCACAGCCUGGGAGAGUUCCUCCUUCCUUAGAAAACUCCAGAAGCCUGGCUGAAUCUCUUCUCUCAGCUCCACAACCAUGUAGGUAGGGGACUUCUAUAGGCCUGGAAGCCCGACUUCCAGUCUGCUUGAGGCAUCUAGGCAGAGGGACCAUGGCCUGGACAAAGUCCCCUCAGAGCUCUGACAGCCUCAUAAGUCGACCCCCACAGCCUCUGUAUAACCUCCCUGGUGGAGACCAAAGAGGCAAGUCAAUGGGUCUCACACAGGAGGCACUUCCUGCAUGACCCUGCAGGGUGCUGUGGUCCCUAUGAGUAGCUCCUGGACACUCUGAGGCAAGGGCUCAGUAUCUGCAGUUAAGCAGAGCAGAACAAAGCUCCAGGGAGCAGACUGCAGGCUUGGGCUU